UAUCUGGAAAAAGUAAAAAGGUCAUUUCAUGGUCCCUUUAAUCAUAAAUUCAUUACAGCACAAAGAAUAUCGAUAAGUGUUAAUCUUUUGUAUAAACUGCUAUUUAACGUCCAUGAAAUUCAAAAUCUAUUUUCCUGCAAGAAAGCAUUUUUUUUUCUGUGCUAAGUGCCUUUGCGAUUCCCUUGUGUUUUUCGUCACUCCUGUAAGCUUAAGCUUGAGUUAAACUUUCCCAAUUUUAACUUUAAUAAAUUGUCUCGCCCCCAUAUCCCUCUCUCUCUCUCUUUCUCAAACACCUCCGUUUUUACCUUUUUUUAAGUAGUAACGAAGUUUGUAAUAAGUAAAAGAAGUUCCAAAAAUAUACGCAACAAAGCCGUCGGCAUGGUUUUGGUUCGAUAAUGUACCGUAGGGAUCAGAUCUUUGCUCUUGUUUGCGGCGGUGUUGUUUGUUGCGCACGCCUUGUCCUUCUCGCUGUUCGGCUGGAGGGGGCGUAAACCUUUCAUUUCCAAAGCCGAUGAUGGACAGCUUCCUAAUCGAUUCCGGUUAAGAAUAGCACUAAACCCUUUCGCUGCUCUUUCGUAUAGCGUAGGGAAAAAAUCAUCGGUACGUGGGAUGUAUGGGCAAAUCAAGUGACUUAGAGAAAGAUAGAAAAAAAAAGUGGUUUCGGAGAAAUUGGCAGCCUUAAAAACAACCUAUUUAAUAAAGGUGCUACGGCUCUUCAUCGCGUUUCCAACGAGUAGCACGUUUCUAUACGUCCGUGCCUGCUCGAUCACCAACUAAGACGGAGUUUCUACUAGACUAGUCAAGCCCCGUUCCUACGUAGGCGGAGUAUAGAGGGAGAGGGGAGUGUUAGCGCACAGGCUUACCCUUCUUUACGCUAUUGGUCGUGCGCGCUGUGACGUCAGACAGCUGCGCUCCGUUCUUGACCGUCUUUCCCUUGGGUCUAGCCGCGUUGCAACCAACAGCAGCACGAGCAAGCAAAGUCCGGGGAGGGUUGCCACAUGACGUUGUCUGUUUAAAAUCCACGUCCCUCGCGAGAUUUGAGAUAUGGUUAUGUUGAGUAAGGACCUCUAAGAAGCUCCGGCUCACCGUGACCUUUUAACCUUGCUCUUCAGCUCGAUCACGCGGGUCUGUACCCUCUGCGCUCAGUGUGAACACAUCUGACCCGACGCUUUGCGUCUGUGCAAUAUGCUGAGACGUUUUCUAAGAAUGACACGACUGGCCGGCUGCUGCUUCGUGGAGGGCCUCUUCGCAUCCCCCGAAGCCACCCCCAAACUCACGGCGAGACGGCUGUCUCCGUACCUCCUGUACUUCUUGUUUGGCCUGGGCGUCAGCUGGUACCACUCCUUCAAGUCCGUCCUCAGGAACGGCUCCAAGGCGACCCUGGACGGCGACAUCUACGUCGCCCUGUCCGCCAGUUUCUUCCUGGCGACGAACGCGACGGCCAUCAGCAUGGUGCUCCACGCCCCGAAGCUCGUCGAGCUCAUCCACAUGUGCGACGCGUUUGAGCUCAAGAGGCCGCUGCGUCAGCGGAGGAAGCUGAACCACCUCUGCACGUGGAUCGUCCUGCUGCUGUGCGCGUUCACGCUGCAUCAGAACGCCUUCCGGCUUCAGCGCCUGGUCACGACGGCCACUGCCCUGCACUUCGUGCGCCGUCUCUUCACGCUGCUCGGAGUUCUCUUCCAGCUCGCAUGGACCCACAUUUCGCCGGCCGGAGUGUUCCUGAUGUCCCGUGUGCUGAACGCGUACGCUGAGGAGGCUCAUGCUGCGCUCGAACUGAUCGCUGCGCAGGAUCGUGGAGGCCACCAACGACGUGUUCCACAAGGGCUUGCUCGCGGAGUUCGCCAAGGCCGGGGUUUGCCUGUGCUGCGCCAUCUUCUACCUGAUGUCCAGGAAUAACCCCGUCACGGUGGCUG